CACACCAGAAACCUUUCAAGCACUGUCUCUACUCCUCUAUGCAAAAUAUCAUCCCAUCUCUUCUACGGCGGACCAGACAGCGCAGAGGCACGCAGUCCAGAGAACGCUACUAGUGCUAUCAUCUUAUCAUUUCUGUACGGUGCACCGCAGCGACAACAAGUGCUUAAGCCUAUCUAUCUUCUUUCCCAUUCUCUAUCCCUUCCCCUGCCAAAGACGCACCUCCGUCCGGAGGGGCGCCUGCAUCUGUCUGGCCAGCCAUGGUCUACGAUUGGGAUGGGAAACGUGAGAUAUGUUAUCAAAUGUAUAUCAAAGAUAAGAAGGCGCUGGAGGAAAUUAUGGAAUAUAUGAAAUCCGCCUAUCAAUUCGCCCCAAGGUGAGCUCACCUUUCAUGUAUAUGUAUACAUAUAUGCUUGCAUGUUUUGUCUGUUCCACGUGUUAAACGCGCCUUUCAAACACAAUUCAAACGAUGGGGUUUUCCAUCAAAGCAGAAUCCAGCACAUAAGAAUGUGAAUCUUGUUGCGCGGGUCAAGCAGCUCUGGGAAAAAAAUACAAGCCAGCGGGACAUGCUAAGGAUAUUAAAUGAGGAGGGUUUCGAUAUCAAGGAGAGGGAGUUGAUGCGAGUGCGUGCCAGAAACCGCUGGUUGCUCCGUGUGCCUAAUGGGAUGAAAUCUCAAUCAGUCAUACAAACUCAAACACAGCAACCGGAAGAUGAGGGUCUACGUGCACUACAGCACGAGGUGUACAAAAAUGAAGAAGCCCCGUUCGACGAUAGUGAAACGCUCCCGCCCCAAUCGCGAGUCCAGCAGUCUCCGCCCUCGCCUGGCAUGUCUCCCGAGGUCUUGGCAAAGCGCAAAGAGAGACUUGAACAAUUGAAGGCGGAAAGUGCACAGCGUUGGGCGGCAAGAAAACGUCGUCGUCGCACUCGGGGUUGGGCCGGACUGCCGGCAGAUCCUCCAGGGCCUCCUCGGUUCCCUUCUGAAACGACCAUUGAUGAGAGUAAGAAGUAUCUCAGCUUAGACAAUACUUUGUACCGUGAAAUAAGAGAUCAAUUUCAAAAAAUCUGCGAAGAAGCGGGCUUCAUAAAGAAGACUGUCGCCGGCCCAGAAAGAUGGCAGGCUGCGAAGGAUAAACUGAUAGAUCAAUCACAGCACCUUCGGCACGUCUUUCAGUCUGAUACAACUCAGCUUGAUGCUAAAGCACUUGCUCUUGAUGUGGUGUGCACAGACGUCACCAAACGAAUGCGAACAUUAGAAACACGAAUGACGAUUGCAGAGGCUAAAAACGCUCUCGGAAUCAAUCCAGAAGAGAGCCGCCAGAUUCGAAACGCAUUCUACAACACUUUAAAGGCCGACCAUUUUACAAGCAAGCUAGAGGCCGGUGAUGAACACUGGAAGGGCCUAAAACAAAAGUGGAUUGAAGGUUCCGAGCUUCUCCAACGCAUUCUUGCCCCCGGCUCUGCGGACCCGCAGCACUCCACCAAGUUGAAGGCUUUAGAAGUACUUUGUCGCGACGUGAUGAAGCGGCUCCGCGACGACCAAACCAAACGGGACCCGUCACGUCGGCGGUCAACUAUCCACCCCAACCGGAAUCCUGCGCCGGUCAGCAAUAGUGCUUCGAACGCAUUUGCAGGUAGCGUCAGUAAUGGGAUUAGCACACUCGCGUCGCAAGCUCUUGCCAGUGCUCCGGUUGUCCCUAAUGACUUGACCGAUAUGCAGAUAGACCCCUCUCUUCUGCAGGCUGCCAAUGAUCCGUCCUUCGCUGCAAGUGUCCAGCAUAAUACGGGGAACAAUUUUGGAUAUGUCUAUCCUGUGCUCGGGUCUGCUAUUCCAGCACAAAUACCGGUUUACCUUGGAAUUAGUACCCAGAGUCAAUUGCAUGGGAUAUCCAAAACGUGGAUUGAGAAACUGGUGACCAGAUCUGUAACUGAGUUGCGACAAUUAGUCCUUUCCAGGUUUCCGGAUUCUAUAGUCUCGAGAAUUGAGGGUAUUGAAGAGGACACCUCGGGAAAUGAAAUUCCCUUUCUGAUCGAUGAUGACAGUGCGCUCGACGCGUAUUUAACGCAUAUGCAAGGGAAGAAGGCAUCAUUUCUAUUUUGCUUGAACCCUGUAUGA